AUGGUCCAUGAAAACGUUUUUGGGUUCCGAUUGAAUGGGCAACUUGGUCUUGGUGCGGGUACAAAGAUUAGACGUUCACUGUUCCAGACGAACCGGAGGAUCAGCAAGCUAGCUUCGGAUGGAAAGGAACUGCCAGGAAGAGCUACAUCGUGUAAAUUUGCACUUGAGAUUCACCCACCGGCCGGCGACCCCGGGCACCCGCUCCUCCGCGUCAACCUGCACGACUGCGUCCCCUUCAUGGAGAAGCUCUUCGCCGCCGGGCUGGGGAGCAAGGUCAUGGACGCGCUGCCGUCGCUGCGGCAAACGGCCACGCACAUGCACCACUCCGUCUUGCCGGCCUCCAUAGAAAAGAACCCCGACUGCAAAAUCGUCUACAUAUGCAGGGACCCGAAGGACAUGUUGGUUUCUAUGUGGCAGUUCUCCAGGAGGAUUCAACCAGACCUUGAAUUAUCCGACCUGUUGGAGGCAGCCUGCGACGGCAGCUGCCUGAGCGGCCCCAUCUGGGACCAUGUCCUCGGCUACUGGAAUGCCAGCAAGGCGAGCCCGGAGACGGUGAUGUUCCUGAGAUAUGAGGAGAUGCUUCAGGACCCCGUCAGCAAUGUCGUCAAGCUGUCGCGGUUCCUGGGACGGCCGUUCUCGCCGGCCGAGGAGGAGGCGGGGGUCGCCAUGGACGUGAUGAGGCUGUGCAGCUUCGAGAAGCUGAAAGAUCUGGAGGUGAACAAGGCAGGCUCAGGCUCAGGAUCGCCAUCCCUGCGAGGCGUUCGUGAAGGUGCCUUCGUGAACAGCUCCUACUUUAGGAGAGGCGAGGCGGGAGACUGGACGAACCAUAUGACGCCGGAGAUGGCCCGGCGUCUCGACGCUGUCAUGGAAGAGAGGCUCUGCGGAUCAGGCUUCUCCUUCUCCUGAUCGAUCGGUCAUCGGCGUACCCUGUUUGUGUCAUCACACGAUGAACCGAUAAAGAUUUCCGCAAGCCAUCAACUGCCUCUUCAUUCUCAUGCAUGCACCUCUUAUUAGUUAGAUGCCUGAUAAAUGCACACUGCUGCGAACAGAUCCA